GACACAAGUAGCUGAUCAUGGUUGCUGGGAAGUUCUGCUGUUUAUUCUCUAUGGAUUAAAAUAACGCAUUAUAUAGGGGUAUUCAUUGAAAUGGUGGGGAUAAUACAGAUAGUACUGUAGCAUGGUACAAGCAUUCAAGCGGUUCUCUAGUCCCAUAGUCCUUGCCCAUCAAUGACCCAUGCCAAACAUACAAAAGUUGUAGUUAAAUGAACCUGUAAGAAAAUUUAUACACAAUGGUUCAACCACUAAUUGCUUAUGAUGACUUCUGCAAUAAUCCAAUAUCAAGAACCUGUGUCCCAUAUCUAACUGAAUCCAAUAUUUUCAUCAUGAUCUCACUUCUUAUAAGCUUUCUUUUCUUAGAGAAAAAAAAAUUUCUAUCUCGACCAAAAUAUUGAUUCAAAUAUUUUAUAUAUAGAUUUAAAUUACCUUUCGUUUUUUCAACUAUAUCAAAGUGUUAACUGUGAUUGCCUUAAUAUAAGAAUCAAAUGAAAGAAUGAAGAAUGCCUCGUUGUUGCAUCCCAUCAUGCAAGAGAACUACGACCAGCACCCAUUAUUUUCCCAAAAAUGAAGCAAGACGUACCAGAUGGAUUGAAUUUGUUCAACAAAUCAAACCUGACUUUGAACCAUCUCCUUGGGUGGCGAUAUGUGGUGCUCACUUCGAGAACAACUGUUUUGUUAGAAAUUUUAUAAUUCAGAAUCAAAUGGGUUUCAAAAACCAACGUCGAAUACUGCAUGAUGAUGCUAUUCCAUCUUUGAUUGAUCCCGACGAAGCUGAGUCUUCAAGAUGUUAUUAUAGAAAGGAAGUACCGGUAAAUGUGAAACGAAUGCGAAAUAUUGCCCCGAAACCGAAGUCAUUAAACCUCAACAAUAAUACAGGAGAUUCUUUGGCACAACAGAUUCCAAUACUGUUUCUACCUAACAAUGCUACAGCUGGAAAAACCACGGUUGGAAGAAUUGUUAUUCCUCAGCAAUCAGAUAAGAAAGCGGAAGAAAAUAUGAAUCACUCUACCAAUCCUAGUGGAAACAUGCCUCCAUCAGCCAAUGACAUCACAUCAUCUGGACAAGUUACUAUACCUUUUCAAAUAGUUAACUCAACGCCUUCAUUAAUAGUUAACAACCAAGAAAAUAUGAAUCAUUCUAUCAAUCCUAGUGGAAACAUGCCUCCAUCAGCCAAUGACAUCACAUCAUCUGGACAAGUUACUAUACCUAUACAAAUAGUUAACUCAACGCCUUCAUUAAUAGUUAACAACCAAGAAAAUAUGAAUCUUUCUACGAAUCCUAGUGGAAACAUGCCUCCAUCAGCCAAUGACAUCACAUCAUCUGGACAAGUUGCUAUACCUUUUCAAAUAGUUAACUCAACGCCUUCAUCAAUAGUUAACAAACAAACUGGGCAAAAUGUAAAUUUUUUAUCGGGAUCGAGUAGUGCAGUGCAGAACAUUGCCACAUCUCAGCGAACAAUUUCAAUGCCUGUGAAAAACUGUGUGAUAAAACCAAUUAUUGUAAAUGUCAAAAAUAAGUUCAUGAAUAGUAUCCGUGUUUCAGAAAAGUUUAAAGCCCCACCUUCAAUUCCAUCAGCAAGUGUAAUAACCAAAACUUGUCUAAAUGCGAAAUUAACAACUUCAGGAGACUUGAAGAAGGAAUAUCAUAAGAUAAAGCCAAAAGGUUCUGAAGCUAAAACUGAAUUAUUUACACUUGAUUACCUGCAGCAAAUGCCACUGAAAGAUUUGGUCGACUCAUUUACUAGCGAAGUUAGAUUGAAAAUGAAAAAUUCUGACAUGAAGGCACUCAGAUGUAAAAUGGGAACAUGUUCCUUUGUUAUCUCUUGUCCUACUAUCAAUGAAUGUGCAAAUUUAAUGCAGGGUCAUAUGAAGAGACAUCUUGAAUCAUUUGUUGAGCAAACUACCAGAGAUCCAUCCUCUCACAGAAAAUUGAUCUUUUCCAGAGUUGAACCAGAUCAAGGAAUAGAGGGUGAAUCAUCUGUCAGUAUCAUGAAUGAUAUAGUUGAAAACCGAAUGACUAAUUAUGGGGUGCAAAAUAAUACGACCGGACUACAUAAAAUUGGAGGCUGGAAGUUGCUGGGACCUACUAGAAAAAAUCAUGCAGAUAAACAACGAAAAACACUAAGCCCUAAAAAGUAUACGUUAAUUAUGGAAAAGUCUAAAAUAGCAGCUGAGUUUGCAGCCUGUCCUACUCAAGAGAAUCUUGCCUUGCUUCUCCAGCCCUUAGUAAACUUGUUGCUUCCUGCUGAAACAAAUCCCACAACUGAAGACGAUGAUUCUAGUAUGCCGAUUAUAACGAAAAUAAGAGGCUCGGUGCCUAGAGAAGAGCCAAAUGUAUCACAAUCCGAACAAACUGAGAUAGAAAAAAAUUGUAACAAUUUGAUUAGUAAUUCCAAUGUGGACUUUACUUCUCUUUUCGAAAGUGCUGAUUCUUCUGAACCCGAUAAUCAAAAUGAGAAGAAUGUAUCAAUUAAUACUAACGUGGACAAUAUAAUUGAAAUCAAAAGUGAACCUUCUGAAGAUGAUUUAGUUAACUUUAAUAAUGAACUCCUUUCUGACACAACAAAUGAUUCACUUGCACUGAAUAGCACUCAUCCUGCAGUCAGAUCUGAUAGAGAAAAUCUGUUUUCUGGUAUGUGGGAUUUAAACUCAACUCAUUCAGAUGGCAGAUUAUCAGACGUUGAGAGUAGUUGUGAUUCCCAGCUCGAUAUUCGAGGAAUUGUUGAAAUUGAGAAUCGAGAGUCUGAAGAAGAGGCAUCUGAGUAUACCAGAAAUAAAAAACCAGACAAAAAUGAAACAUCCAACAAUAUUUUUUCUUUGCUAAGUGAAUCAUGUUCAAAUUUUGAAACUACCUCUGACGAAGAACAUUCAAAGUCUUUACCAGAAGAUGAAGAUAAAAGUUUUUUAUCAUCACCAAGUAAAAUAAAUAAUACGGAAAUAUCAAAUACAAAUAUUAUUGACUAUGGUAAUAUAUUUGAAAAUAUAGAGCGUAAUGUUUUCGAUACUGUUACAACUACACAGCCUCGUGUGAAUUCAAAGGUAAAGUAUUCUAGUAAUAAAGUCAAGGAUGUAUCAAAUAACAAACAUCCUGUUAUGCAAGGGAAGGAAGCUUUUCUGUCUAUACUCGGUUUGCAGAAAAUUUCUUUAUCCAAAGAAGAAGAAGUUGAUCCUUUUGUGGUCAAACCACCACUUUUUCGUACAAGGCUGCAAAAGAAAACUGCUGUCCUUGAACGGAAUAUUCGCAAAACUAAAGAACAGUUGACACCACAGGAUGUAGAGCUUGAAAUACAACCUUUAUCACAACUUAAUGAUGUCUCUAAAUCAAAGACUUAUUCAAAGUUAAAAUCUGUGAAUCGAAAACAUUUGCAACGUCGUGCAUCUUUAAAUCAUUUUUUAUUGAAUCGUUUGAACGAUACUCCUCGUGGACCUUGUUCUAUUGAGUACAAUGAUAUCAAAGGAUAUAAUUUGCGUAGAGCCAAUUUGCUGAAAAAACGUGCCCAUGAUCAAGCUAAAUUUAAUUCACAAUCAAAACUGUGUACCAAUGUCGAACCUGGUACAAAAAAGACUGGUUCUACUUUGCAAAGGAACACUUAUAAUCCAGUUGGGGAAAUAUUAAGACUGCCUAUGGAAGGAAUAUUAGCAAUUUACGAAGAAGAACGCGAGUUUGCUAGGAAACUGUCAGAAGAAGUACGCAAACAAACCAGAUUAAAAAAUGAUUUGGAUUUGGAAAAACAGCAAGAAGAAGAAAGGCUGCAAAUAGAAGAGCGAAUGAGACUUAAAGCAAUCCCUGUUGAGAAAUUAGUACCAUCGGACAAAAUUGUUUAUAAGAGAAAACUAUUACCACCUCGUCCCAGAUCACCUUUCAAUAUGCCACAGGACCCUUUACCAAUCACUCGUAAAAAACGAAAAAAGCUUAAACGUGUUAAAUCAAUACCUCCUCCCAGAGAAAUCAUAGUCAAUGGUAAAUCAGUACUUAUAAAACAUGAACCAGUGUCUGAUUAUGAGGAAUCAUCAUCCAGUGGUGCUACUUCGAACAAUGAGAGUGAUGAAGAUAUCAAUCCUGUUGCAAAGAAAAAGAAACUUACGGUAUCGAGCUUAUUAUAUCAACGACGGAAAAAACUUGUCAAACCAAGUGAUAUCUUGCUCGAUACGCAGUCUAGUUCAGACAAUGAUGAUCAUGUGAAUUAUCGUGAUUCUGGAGAUGAUUUCGUCUACCAAUCUGACCCAAGUUGCCAUUCAGAUUCAGACAAUAGUGUGGAAGUUCAAGUUCAUAUGGACAGUAAUGAACCUCCACAAAAGGAAAAAAGGUUGGUUGAAAUAGAGAAAGAAGCUGAAGAUAUUCUUGCUCCGUUACUUACCAAUCAAGAUAUUGCCAUCAUUGGAUUCACGAAUGAUCACUCCUAUUAUCAUCAAGGAGAGAAGAUGGGCAGAAUUCAACCAAUUAUGGAUCCAUACAUUACAAAUGUGAUGAGAGGUCCAACUGGAAACCAAACCACAUUAAGUGAAUCACAGAUUAAGGAAAGGGAAAAUGCAUUGGAAUAUCUGAAGCACCUUAAAUACACUGAAAAUAGCAGAGCUGAAAUUUCCACCACAGGAGAGCAACUUGUUGAAGAUCUUGUUUGUAAAAUUUGCCAAAAACGAUUUUCAGCUACUAAUUCAUUAUACUAUCAUUACAGGAGUCAUGCUGGUGUGAAACCAUUCAAGUGUGAUAUUUGUGCCAAGUCAUUUACUCGUCUUCAUAGUUUAAAUUAUCAUAAAAUGAUUCACGACAACAGGACGAGGUUUCAAUGCAGGUAUUGUGGGAGAGGAUUCAGACAUCCAACACAUUUUAAGGAACAUCUGCAUAAGCACACUGGAGAGGAACCAUAUGAGUGUUCGUACUGCGGACGAACUUUCAAGACAAGUAACACAUUAAGAAGACACAAACGAAGAAGAAAUUGUUCAAAGGCUCGUUGUCAACCAAAAAAAACUCUUCCACUGAGCUUAUCUACAGCACCUGUAUCACCCAUACAAAUUACAUCGUCCUCACCACCCCUCCCUGACUCCCCACCCCCACCGACCUUGCCCAUAAAACCAUUUUCAUUUCCUCAAGGUCAGGCUGUCAAACUUGUGUUAUUUCCGAAAAAUGGAAUAUCAAGAGUACAACUCUGCGAUGAUUAAUUUACUGUAUGCUUGCAGCGUCGGGCGCAAGUCCUGAACCAUUGACUGGAGUCGAUAUGCUGUUCAUCGAUGUCUCACUUGCGGCGAGUUGAUGACGAGUUUGAAUCAUUUCCUUAGAUGACUCCAGCCACUUUUGAGUGUUUGAUAAAUGGUAACUCAGUCCAAUCCGAGUUGAUUCAAUGACUUGGGCCUCCCCCGCUUGUACUGUAUGGAGAAAUGUAUUUGAUUUUUGAUAGGAAAAUGCGUGUCAGCCGUUCUGUUAAACAGGUGGUGGAAUUUUCAGGCACUGUGAUAUUUUGGUACAUUGGAAAAGAUAACUUUGUGAUAUACUGAUGUAAUGUAAUGAGGGCUGAGAGGUAUAAUCAAAUCUGUAGUCUUCAGCCAUGUUAAAUAUUUUUCCAAUUAAAUACGUUCUGUUUGUUGCUGAAUGAAAUAUAUGCUUUGAUGAACUGUUUAAUAUUUUUUCAUUCCAAUUGUAAUAUUUCACAACAAACGUUAUAGCUUUCACUGUUCCUCACAACUUCUAUAUUUUUUAUUGCAUUUGGGUUUAAUUGUUUUAGAAUUCGAUUGUAUGCUUUAUUUACUAUCUUUUAUUUUCAAGACUAAUAAACAUUUGCAACAGUGAAUCCACCCUAACAUACCUCUUUGCUUCUGAUGACAAUAAAAUUGUAUUUCUGUUUUGCAAUUUA